CCCAAACUAAAACCCCCCCUUCCCGUUUCUUCCACUCUAAAAACCUCAACAAAAACAAAACGGUCACUAAUGGCGCUCAAAACCAUUUCCACAUUCCUCUCUCCCCUUUCUCUUCCAAACCACCACAAUUUCUCGAACUUCAACACGAAAUCUCUCAAUAUUUACAGAAAACCCACUCUCGUUUGCUGCAAAUCCACUCAGUCACAGACCCAAAACCGGUUCCCACUCUCGGAAACUCAAUUGCUGUCUUCCGAACCUGACGGGACCGGUGCGGCUGCUCCGACCCGGGGAGACCGGUUCCUCGAAAGGCAACACGCUGACGAGGCUGCUAAGCUUGUAAUAAAAGAGAUAAAGAAAAGUAAAAAGAAGAAAAAGAAGGUUUUGAAGGUUAACACGGCGGUCGCGAGUUGUUAUGGUUGUGGAGCUCCAUUGCAGACUUCGGAGCUUGAUGCUCCGGGUUAUGUGGAUACGGAUACUUAUGAAUUGAAGAAAAAACAUCACCAGCUAAGAACGGUUCUUUGUGGGAGAUGUAGGCUUUUAUCUCAUGGGCAAAUGAUAACUGCUGUUGGUGGGAAUGGAGGUUAUCCUGGGGGGAAGCAGUUUGUUUCGGCUGAUGAGCUUCGUGAAAAGCUCUCUAGCUUGCGCCAUGAGAAGGCUUUGAUUGUUAAAUUGAGAGAAAUGAUUUUGGUGAUAAUGAUAAGUCAAGAAGUUCAACUUACUAAUCGAGACUAUCUUCAAGUUGAUAUUGUGGACUUCAAUGGCAGCUUUGUAUCUCGUGUGCGUGAUCUUACUGGUGCAAAUCCUAUAAUACUAGUCGUGACGAAGGUUGAUCUCCUUCCAAAAGGGACUGAUUUUAAUUGUGUGGGUGAUUGGGUUGUGGAGGCCACUACAAAGAAGAAGCUUAAUGUUUUGAGUGUGCAUCUUACUAGCUCAAAGUCCUUAGUAGGGAUUGCUGGAGUUGCAUCAGAAAUCCAAAAGGAGAAGAAGAUGCAGGGGCGGGAUGUAUACAUUCUGGGAUCAGCAAAUGUGGGAAAAUCUGCAUUCAUAAGUGCUUUACUAAAAAUGAUGGCACAAAGGGAUCCAGCAGCUGCGGCAGCUCAAAAGUACAAACCAAUACAGUCUGCUGUACCUGGAACUACCUUAGGUCCAAUUCAGAUUGAUGCAUUCCUUGGAGGAGGGAAAUUGUUUGAUACACCCGGGGUUCAUCUUCACCAUAGGCAAGCUGCCGUAGUUCACUCAGAAGAUUUACCUGUCCUUGCUCCUCAAAGUCGGCUCAGAGGUCAAUCAUUCCCUGAUUGCCAGGUGGGCUCCAAAAAUGGGAUGGCAGAGAAAUUCAACUCCAUUGGAUUAAAAGGGUUCUCAAUAUUUUGGGGUGGGCUUGUCAGAAUCGAUGUCUUGAAGGUUCUGCCAGAAACGUGUUUAACAUUUUAUGGACCAAAGAGGUUGCAGAUUCAUGUUGUACCCACUGAUGAAGCAGAUGAAUUUUACAGGAAAGAACUUGGGGUUAAAUUGACACCGCCAACUGGAAAAGACAAAGCAGAUGAAUGGAGAGGACUGGAGACAAUGCAGCAAUUGCAAAUUAAAUUUGAAGAUCCAGAAAGACCUGCUAGUGAUGUGGCUAUUUCAGGCCUGGGUUGGAUCGCCAUUGAACCGAAACGCAAGUCUCUUGGAAUUUCUGAUAAUAAUUUUGCAGAAACCAUCAAAGAACUGCAUUUGGCAGUCGGUGUACCCAGGCCAGUUGAGAUUUUUGUUCGGCCUCCAAUUCCAGUCGGUAAGGCUGGAGCAGAAUGGUACCAAUAUCGUGAGUUAACAGAAAAGGAAGAGGAAGUAAGACCAAAGUGGUAUUUUUGACGGCUUCUUGUUUCCUGAUUCUGUGUUCCAUGAAUGUGCAUGGUUGUAAAGUGAGGAAAACUGUAUACAUAUAUAGUGAAUUAGAGAAUUUGGACAGUAGAAGUGUAAAACUGAGGGAGCUUGUUGCAGAAAUUUUGUAUGUAGAGAUAGCGACAGAAGUUAAGAAAGUUGGACUUAAUUUGAUUUUUUUAAUGUUUAAUCAUAAUUGUGAUUAAUUA